ACAAGUCACCCAACUCAGCAACACCUCCCUCAAAGCGUUGCAAGCGGCAGCGGGUCUGGGCGAGGCUGGACCCGGGAUCGGUGAGGCGGAGAAAGCGAGACCGGGAGGCAGGCGCUGGUGGGAUUGUCGCGGGUGAACAUAACGAAAUCAGCAGAGGCGGCGGCGGUGGCAGGAGGAGUAGGGGAGGUGGCGGCGGCCGUGGCAGGAAGAGCAGCGAGGAUCGAUGCCAGGCCCGGAAUCUCUUUACAAACUUAGAACAUAAAUGUGCUAAAGCAUACCAGCCAUUACAGACUUAACUUCUGCAAAUAUUCUGGUCUUCUCUGUGCCAUGUUGUACGAUUGGUGUUCCAUGAGGAAUUUGUCUUCAUGAAGAUUCCUAAUAUUGGUAAUGUGAUGAAUAAAUUUGAGAUCCUUGGAGUUGUCGGUGAAGGAGCCUAUGGUGUUGUACUUAAGUGUAGACACAAGGAGACACAUGAAAUUGUGGCCAUUAAAAAAUUUAAAGACAGUGAAGAAAAUGAAGAGGUCAAAGAGACAACUCUACGAGAACUUAAAAUGCUUCGUACUUUGAAACAGGAAAAUAUUGUGGAACUAAAAGAAGCUUUUAGAAGAAGAGGAAAACUCUAUUUAGUGUUUGAGUAUGUAGAGAAAAAUAUGCUUGAGUUGCUAGAAGAAAUGCCAAAUGGGGUUCCACCUGAAAAAGUAAAAAGUUAUAUCUACCAGUUAAUUAAAGCAAUUCAUUGGUGUCAUAAAAAUGAUAUUGUUCAUCGAGAUAUUAAGCCAGAAAAUCUCCUAAUAAGCCACAAUGAUAUUUUGAAAUUGUGUGAUUUUGGUUUUGCACGGAAUUUGUCAGAAGGCAGUAAUGCGAAUUAUACAGAAUAUGUUGCCACCAGAUGGUAUCGUUCUCCUGAACUCUUGCUAGGUGCCCCCUAUGGCAAGUCUGUAGAUAUGUGGUCAGUAGGCUGUAUUCUUGGGGAACUUAGUGAUGGACAGCCACUGUUUCCUGGUGAAAGUGAAAUUGAUCAACUUUUUACAAUUCAGAAGGUAUUGGGACCACUUCCUGCAGAACAAAUGAAGCUUUUCUACAGCAAUCCCCGUUUCCAUGGCCUGCGGUUCCCUGCAGUCAACCAUCCACAAUCUUUGGAAAGGAGAUACUUGGGAAUUUUAAGUAGUGUUUUACUUGAUCUUAUGAAGAAUUUGCUGAAACUGGAUCCAGCUGACCGAUACUUAACAGAGCAAUGUCUGAACCACCCAUCAUUUCAAACUCAGAGGCUGUUAGAUCGUUCACCUUCACGUUCAACUAAAAGAAAGCCUUACCAUGGAGAUAGCAACACUUUAUCCAGCAGAAAUCAAGCUAGCAAAGGUACUGCUGUGCAGUCUCAUCACAGAUCAAAUAGCAAAGAAUUACAGAAUGUGGGACUACAAAGAGAAGAUGCACUUUCAACAAAUGAAAGCUUUUUAAAUGGAAAUCUUUCUGUAAGUUCUCACAGUCCAAUGCUGUCAAAAAAGCCAAACAAUCCUCCUUCAUCUGGAAGUAAGGAUCUAGCUAAUAACAACUUACCACAUCUUCUCAGUCCAAAAGAAGCAAAGACAAAAACUGAAUUUGAUUUUAAUUCAGAACCCAAAGCUUCAGACGGUCCAGGUACUAAAUAUCUGAAGUCAAAUUCCAGAUCACAGCAUAAUCGUCAUUCGUUUAUGGAAAGUUCACAGAACAAAACUGGCACACUACAACCAGGUGAAAGACAUAGCCGUCACAGUUAUAUUGAUACUAUUCCACAAUCUUCAAAGAGCCCAUCAUAUCGCACCAAAUCAAAAAGUCAUGGAGCCCUGACCGAUUCCAAAUCUGUGGGUAAUUUGUCUGAAGCUAGAGUUCAAGUUCCUGAACCAAACAGCAGUAGAUAUUUUCCAUCCAGCUGCUUAGACUUAAACUCUCCUACUACACCAACACCUCCUCGUCAUGCUGACAAUAGAACUUUGCUCAGUCCUUCUGGGAGAAAUAACAGAAAUGAUGGUACGCUGGAACCACAAAGACCAUCUACAAGACAUUCUAAAACCAUGGAGGAGUUAAAAUUGCCAGAUCACAUGGAUGGAAGCCACUUACAUUCUGCAUCUGCUCCUCAUGAAUCUUUUUCUUAUGGUUUAGGUUACACGAGUCCUUUUUCUUCACAGCAGCGCCCUCAUAGACAUUCUAUGUAUGUGAGCCGGGACAGAGUGAGGACAAAGGGCUCAGAGGGUGGCUUAAGCGUAGGGCAAGGGAUGGCAGCCAGAGCAAACAGCCUGCAACUGUUAUCUCCACAGGUGCAGCAUAAAUCUCUCACAAGAUCUGUUGGCUCUUCACGUGAAGACUGUACAGAAGAUUCCAAUAGGGGCGGAACGUAUCAUGAUCAACACCCAGAUGAUGGAGCAUCCACAAAAGAAAAUAGACUUCUAUAUAAUGAUUCUGUACCUAGAAGAGUUGGUAGCUUUUACAGAGUCCCAUCUCCACGUCCAGAAGGAACAUUUCUAGACAGUAGUGCCUCAAACAGAAUACCUGCAUUGCCUGCAGAAAGCAGUGGUGUAACAAGCCAUUCAAAGAGACAAACUGCUUUUGAUCCCUGGAAAAGUCCUGAAAAUGCUCAUUCCGAACAACUAAAGGAAAAAGAAAAACAGAGUUUUUUCAGGGCAAUAAAAAAGAAAAAGAAGAAAUCUCAGUCAACAGAAUCUACCAAGAUGGAGAAUCCAAGCAUCAAGAAAUCUCUCUUUCCUCUUUUUAUUUCAAAGAAUCAUUUAAAGCAUAGCUCUUCUUUGAAAAAGAAUCCUGUAGUCACUCUACCUAUGAUGCCUGGAAGUGACAGUCAGGAUCUUUUGGCAAUACAGAAAGCUAUUCACUCAUCUAAUCACCCAGCCAGCAGGCAGAAGGAUUGGCAUUCUGAAAAGAUGACAGAAAUCCAAGGACAUAGUCAGCCUCUAAAAUCCUUACGCAAGCUGUUGCAUCUUUCUUCCUCCUCCUCAAACCAUUCAAUUCCUUCUGAACCCCGGUUCCAGCCCUUGCCAAAUCAGCCAGCUAAAACUUCUUUUUCUGAAGUUCGAAUUCAUCCUAUGAAUCAAGCUUCCACUACCAGCAGCAGCAACAUACGCCAAGAAUCCCAAACAAAAGGCAGAGCAGCCCUCCAGAUCCCAGGCCAGCUGGAUCCAAGCUGGCAUGUUUCCCCAGGGAACAGAAGUGCCAGUGAGACGUCGUCAUACUCUGAUCAGAUGGCUUCUAAAAGUGGGCAAAACGGGCAUACAUAUAACCGAACAAACCGAUCACGAAUGCCAAAUCUGAAUGAUUUAAAGGAGACAGCUUUGUAAUAAUAUCCAAGAAAGUGAUAUUGCAGGGAAUUACCGAGGGAUAUGGUGAUGCUGGCGAUUGGAGUAGUGAUUGCAUUUGCAGCUUUCCAAAAGAGUGUGCAAUAUGGAAUAUGUGUAGCUACUACCACAUCAGUAGGGAUCACAUGGUGAAAUGAACUUUAUUAAUUGCCAUUCACACAAUAUAGUAACAAAAGAAUUUGCAAUUCAGGGAGAACGAACUAUUUGCCCUUUUCUCUCAGCUUACAUUCCAGCUUAGUAUGCACAUUUGUCUGAAAGCUGUUUGGGCACAUUAGGGAGUUAAAAAAAAAUCUUUAGAUGUAUGCCCUUUUUAAAAAUGUUGCUGCCUAAAUUUAAAAAAAUACUUAUGUGGGGUUUAUGUGAUAUAUUUGUAUCCUUAGUAUGGUUUAAAGUUUAGUUUAUUUCUUUUUAAAACUUCCAUAUUUGAUAGGAUUUGUAAUAUUAUUUAUUAUCUAAUACCGUAUUGUUAUAUCACAUUUUAUGUUAUAACAUUAUUUGGAGCUGUUUGAAACAUUGUGAUGCAGUGAAAACAGCCACAGUAGUUUCUAUAAAAAUUAACAUAUAUUACAUCAGGAAUAUUUUAUUAUAAAUAUAUAUAUAUGUGUGUGUGUGCGCACUUGUGUGCACAUAUGUGUGUGUGACUAUAUAUAUAUAUAUAUUUAUAUAAUAAAUAAUAAUUGUCUUUUUUAAAAUAUAUUCACUUAAAGUAUUGUUAUGACACUAUCUGCCAUAUUUUUAUACAUUUGUGAUAUUAAGUGCAGUAUUAUACUUACAAUAAAUGGGAACUGAAUAUGUAUUGAAGUGUGACUGUAACAAUAUGAUUUUUACUCCCAUCCUAGAUGCAGUGUAUGGGUUAUAUCCACUGCUGAUCUUCUGCUGAUGAGAGGUUCAUGAUCCAAUAGAAUUUUGCAGCAAGGAAUCAAGUGUGCUAAGUUUCUUCUCCUUGUUGACCUGCAUUCUCACCCUUCCUCCCUUUUCUGCUGAUAAAAGCUUUUAAGAAGUGAAAGAGCCUUCUGUCAGUCGAACAACAACACUGAAUACAUCCCAUUAAAAUACCACAAGUAAAACAGUGAUUCUUAAGAUUUUGCUGUAGACAUUUUGAUGGGGGUAAUAGUUUAAAUAUAUCAAACUACGAAAGCAUAGUGUUGCUUCCCCUAAAUGUAUAUUUAGCUUUCCCAUUGGUAUCAAUGUGAAAUAAGCAUUCGCAUUAUGGAGGCAGACAUCUGAUACGCUUUCAGUCUUCCACCCAGGAAGACUGACUCAUAGCAAGAAGACAACGCAGAUGUUCUUCCAUUUAAUACAUGGGGUGAAGACCAAAGAGCCACAGCAAGAGAUGCCGGUGGCAAACCAAAGUUGGCAAGACACAGCACUGUAAAUCAUGGUGUAAGGUUUUAACUAUAUAUUCUCUGCACUUUGUUAGAAGUAGUACUAACCAGAAAGUAAAAUACAAUAUUGAAGUGUAAGAGAGACUGUUGCACUUCCAUUUUGCUUCUAAGAUUUUAUAAAAAGAUAACAUUGAUAUUUAAGGAGAGAAAUUAUUUCUGAUGAUAUUUAACACAAACACCCCAUAUCACUUAUAAGGAUAGUUCUGUGAACAUGUAAGUUUCACUCACCCAGUAUGUGUGAUAUUUUCUAAUUUCUUAUAAAAUCUUAAAUGCAGUUUUAAAAUAGACUUCUAAAUCUAGCUAAUAUUUAUUUGCUUAUAAGAAAUACUCAGGAAAUUAUUGGAAAUUAUUUUUCAUUCAGUAUGGAGUUGGUAUCAGUGAAAAAAGAAUGAGGACAAUAGUGUCAGAACAAUACAUUUUAACUCCUCAAAUAUAUACAAGAUAUAACAGCAUUAUUGAAUCAACUCCAUAAAAAAAAUUAAUCUGGACAGUAAAUUGUUGGUAAUACUUAUUAAUAAUAGAUAACACAGAUGAAUGGAAAAGAUGUAAUCUGGUAAAUUUAUGUAAUUUUUUUAAAAAAUGGUUAUAUUUCAAAGUUUUGAACACAUUAUUUGUUCAGUUACAGAAACCAAAAUUUUCAGUUGUGAUUGUUGGUGUCUAGUUUGCAGCAUAGAAAAUAGGCAUUAUAAUAAUAUAUAAAAUUCAUGGGUAAUAACUGUGGAAAGCACAGUGGAGAGUAUGACAGGGUGGUUCAGGCAGUCAAUUAUGUUUGUUUAAUUCAUAGAGUGUCUUUUGUGAUUUGCUAGAUAGUCUCCUCCUGUGUAUGUUCCCAGUAUUUCUGGCUGCAUAGCUACAUUUUCCAGGAAAAGAAUUCCGGACUCAAAUAGUGCUGUUUGAAUGUGGCAAAUAGUUUUUCAGUUGGCUUGUACGUAAUUUACAGAGUAAUACUUCUUACUUUGCUAGUAAUUUGCACAAUUUAUAAGCUGCUUAUAGCUCUUUUGAUUCAUAGACGCUCUGACAGAAAACAUUUAGUAACAAAUUAGAUAUGUUAGAGAAUUGCUAUUUGUACUACUAAAUGUUUCAGGUAAGGGUGCCCUUUUUAAGCUUAAACUUGAAAAUGUGUGAAUUUUAUUUUUUGGGUGUUCCAUAAAGAAAAUAAUUCCUUUUAGUCAAUGGAAAACUGUAUGCAUUCAGAUCUGUUAAUAGAGAGAACAUUUCAGAGGUCUUGCACUAUAUUUAGUUUAUGUAUCCAAACUUUGUAAUAUAUGUUAAACUUGUAAAUAUACAAAGAUACCCCCCAAAACUCCUUAUUGGCUAAUGGAGAUUCCCUAACAUUAUAAGAAGAACAAAGCCUAUUAUGCAUUCAGCUAUGAUUAAGUGUGAGCUUUUCUCUUCACUGAGAUUACGUAAGUACAUUGCUGUUCUCUGUACUUUUAUAAGGAUAGUGCAGCUAGCUUAGAUAUGUUAUUUGUGUUCUGAUAGUAUUGAAGGAGCAAAAGAAUCUAUUAUGGUUGUGUAUAUCAAUAACUGCACACUCUUCCCUGGAAGGUUUGUUGUAUAUUUUCCUUUUCCUAGAAAAACAAAAAAAAUAAUGUUUGCACAUAAUUUGAGAGCAGACUUUGAAAAUUUGAAAAAGCUUUACUUAAUAAUUUUGCAAGAGUACCCUUUUUCCAGUGAAAUGUAUUGAAGCAUGGCUGAACAGAUUUUUGAAAGUAGAAUUCUGCUUUCUGAAUCUUGUAUACACUAUUGAGAAGUGUUGCAUAAUAUUUAAUAUAUUUUCUAAUAUAAACAAUAUUUUUCAGAAGAUUAUUUUCCAUUCCUUAAGCUCAUUUUCAUUACAUUUUGAGCAAUUAAUAAGUUGGUAAAGGAAUUAUUUUGUGGGAUGGGCAUUGUUGCCAUUCCCUUAAAAACAUUUAGUAGCCUUAACCUGGGUUGAGUUUUACAACCUCAGUCCAGGAGGGUGGAUGGUUUAACAUAUUUUAUAUUUAAUUUUAUAUAUCACAAGGCUUCCCAUUUCUAUGUUUCUAAAUUCUCAGAAAAUACUGAGCUCAGCUUUCCCUCCAUUUCCAUAGAAAUUUUGGAAGACCAAGGUAAGUUAUAUCCUCACAGAUAGACAAAAAAUAUUUUAAUACUUCAUAUGAUUUUUUUUUUGCCAUUUUUAUUUACCUCCCCACCCUAAAAAGUAGUGUUGAUAAUCCAUACUGGUAACUGUUUCCCCAUUGCCUUAAAAAACAUUACGUUUUUAUUUUUAUGCUGCAUGUUUCAACUACAAUUGAAACUUCAAUGGAAUUUUGUUUCAAAAAUACCUUAAAAUCAAGAUAGGAGGAAAAAUGUAAAAUAAAAUUGCUCUUAUUUAUAAGCCAAUUUAAAUCUGCAAAUGGAAUUGACUGACAAAAGUGUGCUUAUUUGAAAGUGUUUAUUUGAAAGUCAUUUAGUAUAUACAAUAUGAGUGGUUCUGUGAGAAAAAGAUGACGACAUUAUGACUUCUGCCUAAACAUUCUUGAUUGAGAAUGUGAAAAUGAGGUUUUUUGUUUGUUUUUUGUUUGCUGUAAAUAAUGUUGAUUGUGUUUGGUCUUAAGAAACUGUUUUCAGGCAAUGAAUUUCCUCAAGAGUGUACUGAAGUUCUUUGUGCCAAAUUUAUACAUUAUAUAUCACUGAGGAAGCCUUCAUUGAAGAAGGCUUAGGAAAAUGGGAUACAGUAAUCUUCAAAAAAAAUAUUUCCCGUAUUUUCACAGUCUUUAACAGAUAAAUUAAACUGUGAUAUUAUUCUCUAUUCUAGAAGAAAGUGUCUCUAUUUUAAAAAAAAAUCUUCCUCAUCUACUUGUCAUAAAGCUGGCUUGUACAUGAGAAUUUGUAGCAAAUUGCAACAAAAGCCAUUCUUUUAUCCUCUGAUAACUGAUAUUCAAUAAUUUUAAUAAAAAUAGUUGUCUCUAAGACAAAUGAACUUGAUAAUGGCUCUUUAUUUCCCAGUGCAUUUUCUUAAUUCCACUGUUAUGACCCUCAUAUAAGAGGCUAUCUUGGCAUUCAUACAAACUUUUAAAAUACUGUGUUGCAGAGUUUCUAAAAUUCCAUAACCUCAAUUAUAUUGGAGAAUGAAAGGCUGGGGAUAGGAAGUCUGAUACUAGUUCAAAGUAGUUAACAUAAACAGUAUUGGAAUCCUGUUUUGUUUCUUUUUAAAUCAAUAAAAAAGGUUGAAACUACUCACUUCAAAAUAGUCUUGUGAAAGACUGACAAAAUAUUUCAUAAAAUACACGUAAAAUUAGCAUUUUUACUACUACUUCUGAUAAAUGUUAAUCAAGUUUAUAUAGCCAGACAUUUUUGUUAGAUGAUUGUUGCCAAAUGUAUAACUGAAUGGUUUUAAACACUUGCUUUUGCUAGGAUGCUGUUAGCAAAUAGACCUUCAACUUCCUUUCUUGAUCAGUGUGAGUGUCCAUUCAUAGACAUUAGCACUUUGAUGCUUGCUUUAUUCUCUUUGUAAUCUAAGGUUCCAGUUAAACUAGGUGCUUGCUACAGGUUCUGAACAGUGCUUCCAAUUCACUUUAAACCAGCUCAGCAUGUUUUCACAUCAUUUAGAUAUUCUUUCAUUUUACAUUUAUUUCAGUUGUUAUGUUACUUGCUCUUUCUCCAUUGAAAAUAAAUAGGUAUCUAGUGUCCCAUUCUGAAUCAAUCAUUGUUAGGUCUGAGCAGAGCUCCUUGUUUACGUUUCCAGCUUUCCUUAAAAAGUAAAUCUUUCUAAUAAGUUAGUUUUGUAUAAAAAAUUAUUUGCAGAAUGUAAUGCACAGAUGGGCAAGGUUACCCAUCCUUUUCUGAAAUUCAAAAUACAGGAAACAACAUUUGUACAAAUACAAUGCCUGGUAAAUUAGUACUAAUUCUAAAAGCACAGAUAGCAUUAUUUCAGCUUUCUACAAUUAGGCACUUUCUAAAUGUGUUAGAUUGCAGCUGAUGUGAUUCCCAACCACUAUGCCCAUUCUGACUGGAAAUAAUGGAAAUGCAUUCCAUUAUAUCUGUAGAACGCCAGAUUGAGAAAAGGUGCAUUACAUUAAUGUGUUUUAGCAGAGAAGGCUUUAUAAUAUUUAAUUGCAUUACAUACUGGUUCUCAGGUGAUUGGAAGUCUCUCAUUUUUGCUACCUCGGUGUUGUUUUACAUUUAAUUAUGGUGAUAGUUGUGAAGAAUUCACUUAGUACAGUUUGAUGACGCAGAUUAAAUUCUUUUUGAGAAUAUUAAAAUGCCAAAUAAUUAUCCUCAAGGAAAAAAAACUGGCUCACUAUUAAUGUAUUUGGAAAUACAAGACUGCUUAGAUUUUCAUGUCAAAAUAUUUGAUAAGAUGUAUUGAAUAAAAUUUGGGGUAUAAUUAUUUUUGAACACUUUUAUAGCUUUAUGAUAGCAUCCAGUUAUGAAAGUAGCUUUCCAGUUUUAUUAUGAAUAAAUUACGUAUACAUUACUUCUUUUUUAGAGAAUCUGAGAUGCACAAAUGAAAAAUCAGUCCUGCUUUCUUUUAGUAGAAAUAUUAUGUAAAUCACUGCAUUAAAACUAACUUUGCAGAUACGUUGAAUAUUUGGGGGAAAGUUCAUACCAUGUUAAUAAGCCAUCUGUAAAUCUUUAUGGAACACGCCAUAUCAUAUUGUAGUUGCAUCAUAAUGGAUUGUUUUCAGGCAUGCGUUCCAUUUUUAUUCCUGUAUAAUUUUUAUUAUUUAUGUAAUAAUAAAGGGGGGAUAAAUUAUUCUGUGUUUAACCUUUACUUAUCAGCAUGGGGAUUAUUCAUUUUUACUGAGCACAAUGUAUUUUUGAAUGGGCCUGCCAGAAUAUGUCUUUAAUAAAAAUGCAGGUUUGCACUAGAAAA